GAAUACUCUAACUAAGCUACACAAAAAAAAAAAAAAAUAUAAACAAAAACAACAUGUGACUUUGGGCACUCGUCCCACUAGCGUCAUCACUGGCAGAAAAACGUACUGACUUGCUCCAUUCUGUGAGCUUCAGUGAAAUUCGAGAGAUUACCCUCCUUAUACACCUCCAUGCUGCUGUCAAGUCAAUAAUAAUAUUUAUGAUUUACAAAAUAAGAGUACUUAUUUUGUAAAAGCAAGUAUUAAGUGUAAUGAAAAAAAUGUCAUGGAAUACGGAUCAAAAACUUGAUCCACAUAAAAAUCUUGAUGAUAAUAAUCUCGAUGUUCAUGAGACAUUGCCGAUUAGUAAAAUAGAUGACGACCGACGAAAAUUACCAUCAUUGUAUCAUGGUACUUGGCCAAUGGAAAGGGAUCUGUGGAAUGGUAACGAUAGUUCAGCAGUUGUUUCAAGUGUUAUGAGUUUCACAUCGAACACAUCAAAUGGACUGAACUCAUCGAAACAACAAAAAGAUGCUGGAAAAGGAGAAAUAUUUGAUCCUAAAAUGGAUGUUAUUUGUAGUUUAUUUGGUAUGCUGUUAGGCAAUGCAAGUGGCUGUGAAGAUACAACUACAACAUUAUUGUCACUAAGUAAUUCAACUGAAAAUUGUUUAAAAAUGCGAAAGUCAGGAUGUCUUCCUCUGUUGGUUCAGCUUAUUCAUUCUUCUGAUCAAAGUUUGUUAGUUCGUCGACGGGCAUCAACAACGCUUUUCAACAUUGUCCGCGCAACCCAAGAUCAAACUCAAGCUCGCCAAGAGCUCCACGUUCUUGAGUUAGUCGAACAACUUCGAGAUUACUCCCAGCAUCUCCUAAGUAAUUCUGAAAAUUGCAAGGAAUCGCCGCGUCACCCAAUAACAGCAUUAUCAAUGCUUACAAAAUUGUCGGUCGAUGAAACUCAUCGUCAUACGAUCUGUCAUAUGGGAGGUCUACAUGCGAUUGCUGAAAUAAUAGAACUCGAUCAUCGUGAGCAUGGUUCUCAAUCGACAGACGAUAACUGCAUUUCAUUGAGAAGAUUUGCUGGUGUAACAUUGACAAAUCUAACAUGUGGUGAUAGUAAAAAUAAGAGUAUUCUCUGUUCAUUUGGUGAAUUUAUAAAAGUUUGGGUAUCACAAUUCAACAGUAAUAAUGAACACCUUCGUCAAGUUACUGCAAAUGUACUGAGAAAUUUAUCAUGGCGUGCUGAUGCAACAUCAAAACGUAUUCUACGCGAAAUGAAUUCAGUUUCAUAUUUAACACACGCAGCAUUACAAAAUCCUCGUGAACCAACACUUAAAUCAAUUUUAUCAGCAUUAUGGAAUUUAUCAGCUCAUUGUACGAAGAAUAAAGUUGAUAUUUGUAUUAUUGAUGGUGCAUUAGAAUUUAUUGUUGAAAUGAUUAGUCUUGAAUCACCAUCAAAAUUACAAAUUGUUGAACAUGCUAGUGGUAUAUUGAGAAAUGUAUCAAGUCAUAUUGCAAUGGAAGAAAAAUAUCGUAUUGUAUUAAGAAGUAAAAAUUGUAUACAAGUAUUAAUAAGAUUAUUGAAGUCAACAAAUAGUACAAUAAUAAGUAAUGUGUGUGGUACUUUGUGGAAUUUAUCAGCACGUUGUCCAGAGGAUCAAAAAGAACUUUUAAAUUUAGGUGUUGUUACAAUUUUACGUGAUCUUGCUGUUUCACAGCAUAAGAUGAUAUCAAUGGGUGCAACAUCAACUCUAAAAAAUUUAUACGAUGCUAUAAAUAAUUCUCGACGUCAAUCAUCGAAUUUAAUAGCAUCUGUACCUUCACAAAAUAAUACAAGUAUAUCAAAUAUACCCGUUAAUAUUAAAAAUAUUCGUCAUAUUGCUAGAGUGAUUAAUAAAAGAUCGCAUUCUGUUGAAUCAACACCUGUAAAUGACCCCGAAGAGCGUCCACUAUCUAGUUUUUCAUGGCAUCAUCAAUUUUAUAGACAUCCUUCUAGGUCUCUGGAUGACGUAGAGCCCAGUACAAAUGAGAAAGCUCCAGAAAUAAUUGAAAAAUCAGAAAGUAAUCAAACCGAAGUUGUUGAUUAUCAGAAGAGUCCUUACUCUGAAAGACGAAAAGGAUCACCCAUAGGUUCACCAUAUUUUGAGCGUCGACGAAAUAACAGUGGCCCUUAUGAAAUAGAAGGUGAUGAACCAGUUGACUAUAGUCAACAGUACCUUGAAAAAAAUCAAUCAAAAACAGAAAAAAAUAUAGAAGUGCAAUCACAAAAUGACGAUAAAUCUUUUCCAAAAGAUAAUCCAAAUAUAUUUGGUGAUUAUGCAGAGACAGAUCUUGAUCAACCAACAGAUUAUAGCUUAAGAUAUGCUGAAGAUGAUACUGAUGACGACGAGAAACCGUCAACUCAGUACUUUACUCCAACUGAACAAGAAGACACUGUAAAAACAUAUUGCACAGAAGGAACUCCAUAUGAGACACCAUUUAAUUUUUCAAAUGCAACAUCAAUGUCAGAUCUUCGUUUGGAUGAGACAAAAGAUAGUGAAUCUUCAAAAAAAAUAAUGAAAAAAAUAACAAAAAUGGAAAUUAAGCAAAAAAGUUUUAAAGAAGAAAAAGAAUUGAAUACUGCUGAAACAACGAGUUCGAAUAAAAAUAAUGAAAUCUUGGAGACAAACUGUCAGGAAAAGACUAUUUAUUAUUAUGAGGAGGGAACACCAAGACGACUUUCUCCAGUUAAUUCACUGAGUUUCUUAGGAAGUUCUCUAGACAAUAAAAAUGAUGCAGAGGUAAUUGACCUUCCCGAAGAUUUAAUUCAUAAAAAAGAUAAACCAGUCAAGAAAGAAGACACCGAAGAUACUGUGGGCACUUCAAAUGAACAAAGUCCACAAAAACAAAAUGACAAAGAAGGAAAAGUGGUUACAUUUGGUAGUGAAGAUCAUUAUGCUGAAGAAACACCACUGAUGUUUUCAAGAAGUAGUUCAUUUGGUUCAUUGAGUGGAUUGGAACAAAUAUCGAUUCACGAUGAUAGAAGUUCAAUAAUAAGUGAUUUUAGUCGUCGAACAAGUGGUGUCGUUUCACCAAGUGAAUUACCAGAUUCACCAACUCAAACUGUACCACCAAGUCCACGUUAUAAAAACUCAAUUGACUAUUCCUUUCGUAAUAAUGCCCGAGGUCUUCCAACGUUUUCUAAAUACACAGUUAUUCAAAGACCAAGAAAAAGUAUUUUCGAUGAUCAUACUGAAGCUUUUAAAGAAGAAUCAACACCAAUUGAAUUUUCAGCCGCAACAAGUUUGAGCUCGUUGACGAUUGAUGAUGAUAUGAAACAUUUUAAUGUACUUGAAAUCGAAAAAAAAUGUGAAACACAUGGAGAGAAACCAACAAUCAGUUUGCCAAUAAGAUUUUUAGAUAUUGAAACAGAAGAUGUUUUGGCUAAAGAAAAAAAAAAAGAUACCAAUCGACAAUACCAAAAUCAGAGUGAUGGUGAUGAGGAGGAUGAUGAAAACAUACUCGCUGCUUGCAUCAAUAUAGGAAUGCAAAACAACAGAUAUAGAUCACUUACGAAAAAAAAUGAACACAAAACACAAACUUAUCCAACAUUGGUAUCUAAUUUAAUUCGUUAUCAAACAAGUUCCACGUUAGACAGACUUGAGUUGGCUAUGUUCGAGCCAAGAUCAGGUUCAUCACCGCUCAAAACAAAAUUACUCGAUGUUCCAACUGUCUCAGACAGUGUUCAUGUUUAUUGUACUGAAGAUACCCCUGCUGAUAUAUCACCAGCUGGUUCCCAGUCGAAUUUAUCAGCCUUGUCAAUGCCAAGUAUUAUUGAAGAUUUUGAAAAACCCAAUGAUGAAUCUGAAACUAGAAAUAAUCUUUCGGAUAGCUCUGAUAGUUCAAUUUUGUUCGAUGAUGAUGAUGAUGAAAAAAUAUUAGAUGAAUGUAUUCAAUCGGGUAUGCCAAAGAGAUCAAGUCCAUUUAGAACUCUGUCUUUGGUUGUCAAUAUUCACGAAAACUUGCCAAUUUUCAUAAAAAAAGAUAAGUGUUGUUCACAAUCAGUGAUUGAACAUCAUGAAGAAAGGUUUAAUAUUUCGUUUGAUGAUAGUCCGAAUCAAUCUGAUGAUGAUGAUGAUGCUAUCCUUGCUAAGUGUAUCGAGUCAGGGAUGCCAAAAUCAACAAUUUUAUCCACUAACCCAUCAACAUCGACAUCUAGGUCUAUUGAUACAACUAAAAAUAAUUUGAAAAGUGAACAGACAAAGUCACUUGGUUCGGAGGAUAGUUUGAGUCUUUCGAAUGAUGAAGAAGACUUGAUUCUUGAGCAGUGCAUCAGAUCGGGAAUGCCAAAGGCAUCAACUUCAACUUCUAAUUAUUCUCAAAUAUUAAAAGACGACUCUAGAAGAGUUUCUAAUGUAUCAAUAUCUUCACCUAGAAAUUAUUCUCCAAGGAAAGUAUUAUUGGAAAAAGAUUAUCCAUCAAUAGAAAUAGAAGACGAAAUUGCUAGUUAUGCUGAUAUUUCUGAGUCAAUUAAUCUAAAAUUUGAUUAGAUAUUAAAUUUAGUUUUUGAAAAUUAAUUACUUCAGUAGAAUCAUCGUUAAUCUAGAUAUUAAAUAAUUUAUAACAACUAGUAUCAAUUCUGUGAUUUAAUUUUUCUCAAAUAAAACGGUGAUUUAAAAAAACUAAGAU